AUGCUCUCCGGUCCUCCAUCCUCCUUGCCCUGCUUCGGCUCCCUAGCCCGCCCCUGCCCGACGCUCAGGCUGCGAGGAGGCGCAGAGGUGGGGAAAGGAGACCCACGAUGGAUCGUACAGGACAGGGAGGAUGGAAGAAACUGUGGUUCCUGGCACUGGGAAGAGAGGGACAUGAUGCCAUGGUCAAGACAGCAGCUGGCUGAGCGGGUGAAGGGUGUCAGGUCAGAGAUGUCCAACUUCGAAGGGCUCAGUGGGUACCUGGAGGUUGUGAACGUGACGAGCAUGACGGGUGACUGCGUCAUUCAUCUCCGCAAGGGACGCCUGUGGCCUCUCUGCGAUAUCCGUCUCGUCCUGUCCCUCGAAGGAACCUGCAGCAAGGGCUCGGGGUCGGAGAUUCCGCUCACCGCCGAAGUUGUCUUCCCCGAGGUGACGGUCGACGACAGGAACGAGCUUGAGAUCGAGGCUCGAGUGCUCGGCACAGGGGAGGAGAGAGCAGCGGCUGGUCGAUGGCUGCGGAAGGAUGGGACGAGAGAGGUCGUGAAAGCUGUCCAGGCCUUCCUGGACGACCUCAACGCCAAGGCCUCCUCCUCCAACAGCGACUCGCCGCCACGAGACACGGAGAAGGUGAAGGAGGCGGCAGAGAAGAUGGCGAAGGUCAACAAGGUGAUCGAAGAGCCCAAGACGCCGACGACAGUUGAUCAAGGUGGAGACGAGACCGGGGACCUCACGAUCGUCGAAGAGUUCUCGGCCCGCCCUGACGACAUCUGGGACUGCCUGAUGAACGCUGGGCGUGUGAACGCCUACACAAGAUCUUCUGACGCGAUGAUCGAGUCGAAGCCAGGAGGACGAUUCUCCAUCCUCUCAGGCCUCGUCACAGGCGGCUACGAAGAGGUGGUGGUCAACGAACACUUGCGAGGGAAGUGGAGGAUGAACUGUUGGGCUCCUGGAAAGUUCUCCAACCUUCGAAUCACCAUCCGAGACCGCGGCGCGCACGAGGGCUGCACGCUUGAGCUCCUGCAGGACGGCAUCCCCAAGCGAGAAGUUCAGAACACUGAGAGGUUCUGGAAGGAGAGGAUCUUCAAGCAGAUCAAGCUUGCCUUCGGCUAUGGCUCUGUCAGCGGCGCUCCUUUUUCUACCCUUGGCGGCAUGUAGUGCACGUCGCACUAACUUCUUGAGCCGCAAGCAAAGUUUGCGCUUCAAGCUGCUAGAGUCCUGCCCUCCCCUCCUUCCCUGACGAUCGUCCGAAGGGCUGAAGUUGUUUCUGCUGCAGAUCGCAUAGCAAUC